GUUUCUAAUUAUAAAUUCAGAUGCACACUUCGGAUUUCUUGCGGCUACGUAAAUGGCAGUUAUGGUCGUGUAUGGGAUACUUGUGGCGGCGCUGUUGUUUGUUUUGAAAGUAGACUGCUAUCCUACAACGAGUACCACACUACCUACGGAUAUCAUUCUGGAUUCACCACAUCACCAUGGACCAUCGCCGGAACACAACUCGCACAAGCACCAUGGGGAGAGCAAUAAUAAUGGCCAUGCCGACAGCAGUCACGUGAACAAAACACUGGCCUCGAUAGGAAGUUUGAUCCACCACUUGUUGGAUAAGGAUGAAAGUCACCUGACGCCGGUGGUUCAGAGCUUCAAUGGUUGUGUUUCCGGCUGUAUGCAUCCUAACCAUGCACCACAUGCGGUACCAGCGGAAGGCAAUAACGGCAGACACGACGCCGUCGUCCACAAACACAGUUCGAAUACUCAGACUCAUCAAGAUGUCAGCGGCGACAAUGUUUGGGACGACGAAGACGCUGACGAUACUUUAGUCCAUAUUGGACAUUUACUGAGAGACGGCGAUCACCAUGGUUCCCCAAAUGGCCAUCAGAAUCCCGGUGAUGGUCAUCCGGGCGCCACAGGCGGUCAACUUGACGACAGCAUAAACCAGUACUGGAUGUGUAGCCAUGCCUGUCUACUUACAGCCGGUACCUUCGUGGUCGGAUGAAGGAGACCCGGUGGACAUAAAACUCUAAACACAUAUUUAUUGAUUACUGAAAUAAACUUUUAUAAAAUCAAUCAUGCGUGCGAUCAGACUACUUUCAUUUAAUAUUCCAUUCAAUAAAUGAAUGUGAGCUGUAUAUCUGUUCGAAAACGUAAUACUAUAACAAUAGCUUUAUGUUAUCAAAAGUAGUAUUUUCUAAACUUGGAUUAUUUUUCAAAGAAGUAGUCACAAGCAAGUGAAUGUACUAAUUUUAUGAAUUCAAUGGUGCUAUUUUUAGAAACCUGAACAUACAAUAUUAUUGAAUACGUCACUAACGCGUUUACAUUAAAGUCGAUUUAAUUAUUUAGUGAGAUAAUACAUUUCCUGGAACAGUUGAGGAAGACCAGUGCCGCUCAGAAUAAAACGACAUUACACUU